AAAUCGACUGGACCUCCGAUGUCUAUGGCAAGCUCCCCACCCAGCCUCCUCUCCAGGUGCUCAAGGCGAUCAACACGAUGUUGAAGAUGGGUGCGUCCAUGGACUCCGCAGCUCUGAAAUCGGGUGCUCUGGCUCACAGCCAGGCCAUUGCCCACAUGGACUCCAAGGGUGUUGCGACUCUGGCCGAUUACACUGCCAUUAAUGCAGCUAUCGGGCACAUGAUCGCCUCGGUGCCAGCAUCCCAAACCAUGGACGUGUACAAUGCUUUCGCCAAGUUCAACCUUGGCAAGGAUGUAAAUGCGGAGGAUGCCAAGGCAGCUUACCAGGCAUUGAUGGACUUCAAGGAUGUGGUCAAGGCGUCCCAGCGCUGA